CGGAGGUGUCUGCUUUUGUCUGCCCCGGCAAGGUGUGCGGUGCCCAGCGCCCGCCCCUCGCCCCGGCUCCCCCGCUCCCGCCCGGCUUUGGGGGAGCGCUGGAGACGCUCGUGUUUCUCCACAAACUGUGUUGACAAGCGACUGUUGAAAAGGGCUGGGAAAAUUACAUCUCAUCUCUGGUGGGGUGAAAUAUGAAACAUGUAAUCUAACGGUUCCUGAAAGAGGGGGGAGAGGGACUUCUCUCCCUCUCGCUCUGUUUUCCUGCUCCAGGUUCCUGGUUGGAUAAUUUGGGUUAAUACUAGUGAGUGAGCCUUUUGCUGCUUCAAAGGGUAUUUCAAGUUGCCGGAGCUCCUCCCCUCCGCACCGUGUGACAACAACAACUCGUCCAGCGAGCGAGCGGCGGCGGCGGCGGCAGGAGCCAGCACUUCCCCGCUCAUUUUCUCUCUGUCAUUCCCCUCUCAAUCUUUGAUCAAUGUACUUGCCAGAGAGAACCGAAGUCCUUCAAACCUCCUCCUUUUCACCUUCGUCUUUAACGUGGUGCUAGAGCAAGGACCACAAAAAGAAACUGCCCUCCCCCUCCCCUCGGCCCCAGCCCCGCCGCCCGGAGCGGACUUCUCCUCCUCCUCCUCCUCCUCCGUCCCCACUUGCGGGACACUUUGUGCGUUGUCUCUCACUCUGCCCCCUGCUCUCUCGCUCGCCGCAGCACCUGAUCUGGGGUUAUCCCCCCCCUUCUUCUCCCCCCUCCUCCCUUCUCUCCUUUUCUCUUUUUUUUUUUUUUUAAUAAUUUUUUUUAAUUUUUCCCCUUUCCCCUGCGUGUGUGUGUGGGAACUUUCCCCCCUCCCCCUGCCCCCUCCGCCGUAUAUGUGACCAUGGCCGUACCGGCUGCUUUGAUCCCUCCGACCCAGCUGGUCCCCCCUCAGCCUCCGGUCUCAACUUCUGCCGCCUGCACCACCACCACCACCACCUCGUCGUCGGCCACCUCGUCGUCGGCCACCUCCUCUCCGUCUCCGUCCAUCGCUCCCCCGCCGGCCGCUUCGGGGACAAACCUAUUCCGGCCGGAGCCCAUCGCAGCGGCGGCGGCGGCAGCGGCGGCCACAGUCACCUCCACCACCAGCGGCGGCGGCGGUAACGGCAGCGGCGGCGGCAGCGGCGGCGGCAGCCCCAGCCUGGGCACCGGCGGCGGCGGCGGCAGCAGCAGCAGCGGCGGCGGCAGCGGCGGCACCUCCACUCCCAAUGCCAGCGCGGCCAACGCGGCCGGCAGCCUGCCCGGCAAGCCCGUGUACUCGACCCCGUCCCCGGUGGAGAACACCCCCCAGAAUAACGAGUGCAAGAUGGUGGAUCUGAGGGGGGCCAAAGUGGCCUCCUUCACCGUGGAAGGCUGCGAACUCAUCUGCCUGCCCCAGGCUUUCGACCUCUUCCUGAAGCACUUGGUGGGGGGCUUGCACACGGUCUACACCAAGCUGAAGCGGCUCGAGAUCACGCCCGUGGUCUGCAACGUGGAGCAGGUCCGCAUCCUGAGGGGGCUGGGGGCCAUCCAGCCCGGGGUCAACCGCUGCAAACUCAUCUCCAGGAAGGAUUUCGAGACCCUCUACAACGACUGCACCAACGCCAGUUCUAGACCUGGAAGGCCUCCUAAGAGGACUCAAAGUGUCACCUCCCCAGAAAAUUCUCAUAUCAUGCCACAUUCUGUCCCAGGCCUAAUGUCUCCUGGAAUCAUCCCGCCAACAGGUCUGACAGCAGCAGCUGCAGCAGCAGCAGCUGCCACCAAUGCUGCCAUAGCAGAAGCAAUGAAAGUGAAAAAAAUCAAAUUGGAAGCUAUGUCCAACUAUCAUGCAAAUAAUAACCAGCAUGGAGCAGACUCUGAAAAUGGAGAUCUGAAUUCAAGUGUUGGCAGCAGUGAUGGUUCUUGGGAUAAAGAAAAACUUCAGUCUCCCCCCACCCAAGGAUCACAGGCCUCUGUUAACCACCCCAACUUGCCUGGACAGCAUAAUGUUCCAGUUAGCCAUCCUCUCAACCCUCUUCAACAGAACCACCUUCUGCCAAAUGGGUUGGAACUUCCUUUUAUGAUGAUGCCCCACCCGCUGAUUCCCGUGAGCCUACCUCCAGCCUCUGUCACGAUGGCAAUGAGCCAGAUGAACCACCUCAGCACCAUCGCCAACAUGGCAGCAGCAGCACAAGUGCAGAGCCCUCCCUCCCGAGUGGAGACAUCUGUUAUCAAGGAACGUGUUCCAGACAGCCCUUCUCCUGCUCCUUCUCUUGAAGAGGGCCGAAGACCUGGCAGCCAUCCAUCCUCUCAUCGAAGCAGCAGCGUGUCCAGUUCUCCCGCACGGACCGAGAGCUCUUCAGACAGAAUCCCAGCUGUCCAUCAGAACGGGCUCUCUAUGAACCAAAUGCUGAUGGGUUUGUCACCUAAUGUCCUGCCUGGACCUAAAGAGGGAGAUCUGGCUGGUCAUGAUGUGGGACAUGAGACAAAAAGAAUACACAUUGAGAAAGAUGAGACCCCGCUCUCCACACCAACCGCAAGAGACAGCCUUGACAAACUUUCUCUAACUGGGCAUGGGCAACCACUACCUCCGGGUUUUCCAUCUCCUUUUCUAUUCCCUGAUGGAUUGUCCUCCAUAGAGACCCUUCUGACUAACAUCCAGGGUCUACUAAAGGUUGCUAUAGACAAUGCCAGAGCUCAAGAGAAACAGGUCCAACUGGAGAAAACAGAGCUGAAGAUGGAACUCUUCAGGGAACGAGAACUGAGGGAAACACUUGAAAAACAGUUGGCUGUGGAGCAAAAGAACAGAGCAAUAAUUCAGAAAAGGCUAAAGAAGGAAAAGAAGGCAAAGAGGAAAUUGCAGGAAGCACUUGAAUUUGAGACUAAACGACGAGAACAAGCAGAGCAAACACUGAAACAGGCAGCUUCAACAGAUAGUCUCAGGGUCCUAAAUGACUCUCUGACCCCAGAGAUAGAAGCUGACCGCAGCGGGGGCAGAACAGAUGCUGAAAGGACAAUACAAGGUAGGAAUUUGCAAAAGGCUAUAAAUCUAGAUCUUGCUAUAUGAGUUUUUCCUCAGCUUUAGACUGCUAUUCAAGCAUGUAGCCCACCAUCUGGGCCACAUCAAAACAAGUUCAAACAAGGUCAAGUUCAUCUUGCUUGUUUAUAGGAGAGAAUGCAUUCUGUGCUGAUAGAUUUUCUUUAAAUUAAUAGGUCAUUUUUGUUUAUACGGAGCAAUUAAAGAAGAAUAAUUAAUUUGAAGCAGUAUUGGUUUUAAUCUCAGACAUGCUGAAUGCAGUUUUUGUGAAUAUGUGUAGUUUGAUUUGAGCUAAUAAUGUUUUUAAAGGUAUGUUUGAAACAUCUUGAGCCUUUUAACUGUACAAAUGGCUAAACCUAAUGGGUAACAUUCAAGGCAUGAUGAGAAUUUCAUAGCUAAUAGUCAGUGGCAGUUACUGAAAGGUGUGUUUCAAUAAGCUACUCUGAGCAUUAACAAUAAAUAAGCUGUUUAUUCCCAUCUUGGAAUUUUCAUUUACCACAUCCCAUUAUUUACAUUUUAAUAAAACAAAUCUGCUGAGUAAAUUAUACAUGAAAUACUAAAGAGAGCCAUAUUACUUCCCCUGUGAAUCUAAAUGUAUAUAUACAUUGCAAACAUCAAGAUAUUAGCAAAGAGCAAAUUUUGAAAAUAGUAUUUAUGUUAUAAUAUCUGUUCUUAUCAACAGGCUAAAUCUACCUACAUGAAUACUAAGCAAUAAAAAUAGCAAUUGUUUUCAAUGGUAAAUGAAGGUGCAUUUUUCAGAGGCAAGCCUAAAAGGAUUAGCUCCAGUAAUCACACUCAAUUGCCUUUAUUUUGCAUUUUGAAGUCAAUCAUCCUAACAGUAUCAUUUGACAUCUUCUGUGUGUUAUUUAAUCACAUUUCCUAACUUCCAAGGAGUUGUUACUGGUGUGCCACGAGGAGGAGGCUGUAACAACAAAAUAAAAAAGUCAAGAAGCUUUUAAUGGAUUGAACAUAUAAACAAAUACCAAAGAUGCAAGAAGUUCUUAUGAAAGACAAACACUCAAAUAUAAACAAAGACAUUUAAAGCAAGUUAUGUCUGCAGAGUCAAUAACACAGAAGUUGGAAUAUGCCAGAUUAAAUGUUGCCUGGGAAGUGAAUACAUUUUAUGAGGUCUGUUACCCCAGAAUCCUGCCUUCUUUCCCGUAAAACAUGCACAUUAUUCAAAGCACCAUUUGAUAUAAUUAAUUUAGUAAGAAUUCAGCCAUUAUUUCAUGUUGUUAUAAUCCAGACAUUUUGUUACUUCUUUUGAUGCUAAAACAGACUUCUAAUUUCUUGGGAGGCCAUGCUGCUGCACUCAUCGCUGCAGUACUUCUACACAUUGCAAAUAUUAAUUGCUCCAUCUUCAGAACAUUCUUGCAAGGCAGUGAAAUUUGGAGUAUUCCAAUUUGAUAGCUGGGAAACAGAGUCAAAUACAGAUUAAGAUGACAUAUUGCUUAACUGUCAAGUAUGAAGGACCUAAUUUUUCAGAAUAAUUUUCAUUUUUGGCAGAAGCAUGCAGGUGUAAUCAAAUCACUGUUCCUGUUGAAUUUGGUCUUUCUCAUAGGCUGAAAUAUAAAGUUGAAUAUUUAUAAUAUGAGCAACACAAAUUUGAGAGCAUGUAUUCUAAAAGAUUUUCCCCAAACUAUAUAGGAAUAGCACUUCAGCUUUUGAACAAUGACUAUGCAUUCUUUCCCAGCUAUCCUCUGCUCAUUUCAUAUAUUUCCAUUUUUGCAAUAAGUGAAAUCAAGGAUUUACAGGAUACAUCUUCAGUAAUGACUUUUCCUUGAUUCAUCUGUCCCAGGUGAUACACGUUAAAAACAAAACUAAAAUCCACAGAUGAUUAUUAAGUUCAAGACUGGACUAUGAUAUUUUCUGAUUGUGAUAGUGAAUCAUAUUGCAAAGGCAACCUUAAUUCUGACAUUUCCUGUAUCUACUUUGUACUCUCAACAUAUAACUAAAGCAGAGCGUUUUUCAGAAAAAGGAAAGAAGCAGCAAGAAAUACAGUUUUCAUGUAUUUCAGUUUAAUGUAUUCAGCUCAAUCAUCAUACAGCAGUUCAGAACUUUCAGAUCUAGUGCAAUAUGUAACCCUACAACACAAAUGUAACUGUAGGAACAUAUUGUCAAUGUAAAUCAGUCAUUAUAGGGUGACAGGCUUCAGAAAUAGUUUAAGAAACAGUUAAUAGCAGGCAAGUCAUGACAAAUGUCAGGCCUCUGUGUUCAUUUCCAGUAUUGGAAGGAGGAUUUCCUUUCACCAUAAACUCUUCUCUGUUUCCUCCUUGCUAUGUAUCCCUCUGUAUCUGUCCCAGUUCCUGCCUCUUUCUUCCUCCUCCCUCCAAUCCCACCAUUUGCCAAUUGCUAAUGUAACACUUUUCCUUGCUCUACGUUACAUUGCUCUUCUUUUUCCCCCAACUUCACAUUCUUCCAUCAUUCUCUUCUGAACUUAGCUUCAUGCCACCCUGAUCAUUCCCUUAAUCCCAAGCUCUUUCUCUCACCAUGACCCCCUGGCUCUGUCUGACCCUUCCUGUUGCCUCCUCCCCUUACCCAGUCAUUUCAAGAGCUGCAUUGACACUCCCUGUUAUCAGCCUUCUCUGUUGCAAACCCAUCUCCAUCUGUAGUGUCUGCUUCCCCUGUCUCCCUAGUCAGGCUCACAUUCCCUACUGGUUUCAGUACAUUUCUGUUUCUUUUCUUUAUGUGUACCUGCCUGGAUAUCAGGGAGGGAAGCAGUGAGAGCAUUCUGUUCCAGUUCCAGUAUUUAGCAUGACAAUUGUAGGCAGGAGUGAGGAGAAAGAAUUGCAGGGAAAGAACCACUUCAUUCCUGAAGCACUGGAAUAAAGCAUGCUCAGUACAGAUGGGGCCCUUUAUCUGCAAAACUCUACAAAAGCUUUCCAGUGGUUGAAACAUUUUCCAGUACUUUCUUGGAACAAAGACCAUAUUGUCACAAUUAUACAAAAUUUCAAUUGUGUCAUUUUAUUGAUAAAUGAUAUUUUGUAUACUUUGCUAUACACCAUAGAAGAAAUAUUGUAUACAAAUAUCUAUUAUAUUCUAUUAUACAGUAUAUUCCAUAAUUAAAACAUAUAAUACCAUCUCUUGCAUCUUUCAGGUUCUGGGGAAAAAAUUCUUACUAGGGAAAUACUUUCUUAUUCCUCUCAAAAAUAUAUCAGUGUCUCAGUAUCUAAGCAUGCCUGAGGUAAUAGUCUUUUUAUCCACAAUCAUUUUUCAAUUUACUGCGUUGAGCAUGCUAUGUAGUUUUAUAACUAAGCAAACAAAGGUAGGAAAGCUUCAGUGCUCUGUAGGGAAGUGAUAUAAUUGAAAUACAAAGUGUAAUUUCAGCAUUUAAGAAAAAAUUAUGCAAGAAAAUCAUAAUUAAAACUAAAGAUUUUGUUUACUAUUUAUUAUAAAUAAAUUGAUACUUGUCAACUUGAAGUUAUAUCUAAUGUUGCUAUUUUUAAGUAUCACUUUGAAGAGUAAGGAAUAGAACUAAUUUAAGCAUAGAGGAUAAUUGCAUUUGUCAAUAAGGGGGUAUGUUCUGUUCUAUUUUUUCGUCGUGUAGCACUCAUUUAGAUUCACUUUUAGUGCAUGUAAAGUCUUUUGUAAAAUGGGAGCAAUAAUAAAAAGGAAUUUGAAUACAAGACUAUAAAAAGAAGCAAUGCAGGGUAUUUUAGGGUGUUGUUUGAGUUUUUUAAAUACUGAGUAGAUAACAGUUUGCUGCAAUAUCCAUAAAAUGUUAACAAAUAGUCAUAAUAAAUAAUUCAAAUUUGGGUCUCAGAUGUACUUAUGUAUUUUUUGAGCAAUAGAAAGAGAUAAUAAGCUAUUAGGAACUGGUGAAGACACUGGUUUUAAAUGUUUUCUUUGCUUCUGUUUUAAAUAAUAAUAAAGCAGAU